AGUGAGUGAUAAACUCUUGACCUUGCCUGGCGAUAGAUUGGAAACUAAUAUAGAGAAAAUAAUAUUGAUUCGUGCCAUUCGUGCAAAAUAUUAUUGCUCUUUUAGCGAUUGAAGAAAUUCUCUGAAUUGAGAACAACAGUUGGCGCAUCAUUGGGGAAUUACUGCGCGCAUCCCUUUGACAGUUUCAUUCGCGUAAGAAUUCUGUGAGGCUCUCCUGGCGCUAUUCCCGGGGGUUUGAGUGCAUGUGAAUGUGGCACGUGUGCUGGAUGGGUGACCUCUGCACCCGACAAAAUGGACAACACAACGGAUCCGUCCACCAGUGAUGGCGGGGCCAUGCCAGUUAUUAGCACGAUCCGCGCGAAAUCGCUCAUUCGGAGGGAAUUGGAGAAAUCAAGUGUAAUUCAGUCCAGAAUGCCGAAUAUAAAAGUGUUCUCCGGAACAUCCCAUCCGGAUCUGGCUCAGCGCAUUGUGGAUCGCCUGGGAAUUGACCUGGGACGCGUGGUAACGAAGAAAUUCAGCAAUUUGGAAACAUGUGUGGAGAUUGGCGAAUCUGUGCGAGGGGAAGAUGUUUAUAUUGUGCAAUCGGGUUCCGGGGAGAUCAACGAUAAUCUCAUGGAGCUCCUUAUCAUGAUUAAUGCAUGCAAAAUUGCAUCAGCCCUGCGGGUCACGGCAGUUAUUCCAUGCUUCCCUUAUGCCAGGCAGGACAAAAAGGACAAGACCGGUGGAGAAAACCAAAAGGUGAAAACCCUUAAAUACAACGAAUGGAAGUUUAGGAGUCGAGCACCGAUAUCGGCAAAAUUGGUGGCUAAUAUGCUGUCUGUAGCAGGGGCUGAUCAUAUCAUUACAAUGGAUUUGCAUGCCUCACAAAUUCAGGGCUUCUUUGACAUUCCCGUUGACAAUUUGUACGCCGAACCGGCUGUACUGAAGUGGAUUAAGGAGAAUAUUCCCGAGUGGCGGAACUCCAUUAUUGUCUCCCCGGAUGCCGGGGGUGCAAAGCGUGUGACAUCAAUUGCCGAUCGUCUCAAUGUGGAAUUUGCAUUGAUCCACAAGGAGCGCAAGAAGGCCAAUGAGGUGUCCUCAAUGGUACUCGUGGGCGAUGUGAAGGAUCGCAUUGCAAUUCUCGUGGAUGACAUGGCGGACACGUGCGGGACAAUUUGUCAUGCCGCUGAAAAGCUCAUGGAGGCUGGUGCGACGAAGGUUUAUGCCAUCCUAACGCAUGGGAUCUUCUCUGGACCCGCAAUUUCGCGGAUAAAUAAUGCAUGCUUCGAGGCUGUUGUGGUAACUAAUACCAUUCCACAGGAUGGCCAUAUGCGGGAUUGUCCCAAAAUUCAGAUGAUUGAUGUAUCCAUGAUGUUUGCUGAGGCAGUAAGACGGACCCACAAUGGGGAGAGUGUCUCCUACUUAUUCUCAAAUGUACCGUACUAAGGACACUGAAAACGCGUGUGGUGUGUGGAUGCAAAGGGAAAUGCCGGAAAGAUCCACUAAAAGCUGAUUGUUUUUUUUUAUUUCAAAUAUUUUUUAAAUUCAAGUUCCCCCCUUCACUAAAAAAAAUCCUUUUAAUUUUUUUUUGUUAUUUUGCAAAAAAAAAAAAGAGAGAAAACCUUUUUGUAACUUUUGUGCACCGGAGGGAAUCUCUAAUUAAAUAACGUAGGAUGAAAGAUUAAAAUAAAUUCAAUGAACGCGUAUGCUUUUGGGUGCCAUUGAAGGAUCUUUAAAAUGUUUUUAUUUUAAUGUGCUAAUGAGUCUGAGAAUUUAUUUGAAAGGUUAAAAAAAGAAAUUGUAAUAGACAAUGAAAACACAAAAUAUUGGGCUAAAUGGGGAAACUUUUUUGCCUCAAAUCUCUUUUUUAGAUUGAUGUAUAUAAAAUUACAAAAGAAAAUUCCUUUUCUAGCUCGCACUGUGAGUAGAUUAAUUACAUUUUUAUUACUCUUUGUGUUAUAACUUUUUAUUUUCGCGCUAAAGCUGCAGAGUGAAAGAGGAAAAGAUUGUGGUCAAUUUGCAGAGAUGAACUUUUAUUAUUGAGUCUAUAUUGUGGAAAUAAAAUGACACCAUUUUAGAGUAAAAACUA